AUGACAUCUGCUACCAUGAAGUUGGUUGCGGGGGUUGCCCUAACCUGGGCACCAUUUGUGCACGCUACUAAGCCAUGGGUCACUUCGGAGGCUCUUCAGGCUGGCAUUACCACUGAGGGCUUGAUGGAGAACCUUGCAAAGUUGGACACCAUUGCAAGUGAGAACGGCGGGAAUCGAGCUUUCGGUCUCCCCGGAUACGCCGCAUCAGUGGACUUCAUUUCUUCCGAGCUAGCAAAAUACAAUGCCACCUCCAGGACUUGGAUCCAGGAUUUCCCGGCCCUGUUCAACCGCGUGGAAUCCAUCACCUUUCGAGUCGACAACACCUCGUACUACGUCUACGGCUUGACCUACUCUCCGUCCACAACUCCCGAGGGCGUCACCGCUCCACUCGUCCUAGGUCCCACCGGCGACGCCGGAUGCACCGUCGAGGGCUACGCCGACUACGACGUGCAAGACAAGAUCGUCCUCGUCGAGCGCGGCACCUGUCCCACCGGCGGCACGCUGGCAGGACGCAUCCGGCCCGCCGUCACCGCAGGCGCCAGCAACGUCAUCAUCUACAACAACGUGCCCACCAAAGUCACGGGCGGCACGCUCUCGGCCCCCGACCCCGAGGGUUACGUGUCCAGCGGCUUCAUCAACCAAGACGACGGACAGGCGCUGCGGGACCGCCUCCAGGCGGGCGAGGCCCUCACCGCCCACUUCCAGCAGACGCAGACGAUCGAGGAGCAGCAGACGCAAAACGUCUUCGCCGAGACGCUGGGCGGCGACCCGCACAACGUCGUCAUGCUGGGCGCGCACCUCGACUCGGUCCAGGCGGGCGCCGGCAUCAACGACGACGGCUCGGGCACGUCGCUCAUCCUCGAGCUCUUCGCGGCCCUCUCGCGCUUCGACGUCAAGAACAAGGUGCGCUUCGCGUGGUGGGGCGCCGAGGAGAACGGCCUCGUCGGCUCGCGCGCCUACACGGCGUCCGUCGCGAACACCACCGCCGCCGACGACAUCCUGCUCUACCUCAACUUCGACAUGGUGUCGCGCGGCUACUACGGCGUCUUCGACGGCGACGGCAGCGCCCACGGCCUCGCCGGCCCGCCCGGCUCCGCCGCCAUCGAGGCCCUCUUCGUCGACCACCUCGCCGCCCAGGGGCUCAACGUCACCCCCGCCGUCUUCACCGGCGGCAGCGACUACGCCUCCUUCAUGGACACGCUCGCCAAGCCCGUCGGCGGCCUGCACACGGGCACCGGCGUCGCCCAGGACCCGUGCUACCACCAGGAGUGCGACACGUACGACAACGCGAACCCGACGACCCUGACGGUCAAUGCGAAGGCGGCUGCUCACGUCCUCGCGACUUUGGCCAUCAACGGCACGGAUCUGAUCCCGAAGACGCCGUCGAACGCGACUGCUUCGCUCGACAGGCGCUUUUGGGCCGGCGAGAGCCUCGGCGGUUUCCCUUGGACGGAGGCGGAGGGCGAAAGGCAUUUGGGAACGUGUGGGCACGAUGUAUAG